UUUGCAUUUCGAUACAAUUGCUGGGUUUUGGUUGUAUUGGAAUGCUUAAAGUAGUGAUGGUAGCUAUAGUACGCCAACAAAAAUAAGCUAAUUAAGGGUCUUUGAUGUUCUUUAAUAAAUGAGAUAAUAAUAAUAAUUAAUAACAGCUUUACUUCCGGUGCAUCACUCAAAACUGGCGAUAACGGAAAUACAUGAUUGUCAUCGCUAAUUAUAUGUGUUUGUCUCGCCGAUCAGCUGUGAGAAUUUGUUGGUGGUUGGGUCGAGGCGAAUUCGCCGUAGUAAACAAAAACAUUUGUUAACUAUGGAGAAAAGUGUUAAAUGCAGUUUAAUCAGCGAAAAUAUAUCCAAAUUUUUUGUGAAUCAUCAAAAGUUCAACCAUGAAGAGACGCGGAAGUAUAUAUAUUCUAAUUGGUGUCUGAAUUUUGAAGGAUUAUAUGGUUUGUAUGAGGCGGACUUAACCCUAUUUGAUAUCGGUGAUUAUGAAAGAUACUUGAGCUGCUUUAGAAAAUUACUGCCCCUUUUUGAAGGAAUUCAUGAUAUGUACCAAAAUACGGUGGUGGAUUUGAAUAGUUUUCACUUGGAAUGGCUUGGCUGCAACAGGAAAUAUUUGUUGGAUUCCUUCUCAAAUUAUACCGCUAGAAGUUCAACUCUAGAAUUAAUUCUGUUAAUUUCAUCAAUGCUAGAAAAUGCAUUGGGUAAUUUAUAUUUUAUUGUCAGCGGUAAACGUACACCACCACAUUUAUUACGAGACUUGUUACGUACUGAAGAGUUGGAUAGUAUCUUUGGAAUGGAAAUAAUCUCUUUACUGAUAAUUAUAUUGGGAACGCCACAUUCAAUAAAUUUGCGAAACAUAGUGUGGCAUGGUUUUCCGAAGCCCCGGGAAAUACCAGAUUAUUACGCUUCCGUACUAAUCGUAUUAUUACACAGUAUGGGGUAUGAGCUCAUAAAAAAAAAACAUAUUGAUAACAUGAUCGAACGCCCUAAAGUUAAAGAUUUCAAAACAUCGUGUAUGCAAGUUUCGAAACAACUUCCAUUGUCCACAGAAUGGUAUGAUGAGAGUAGAUGUGCUGAACAAGUUAAAGAUGCCGACUACUUAAAUGAUGACUACAAAGAGUAUUGGUACCGCAUAUUGCAAUAUUAUAAAAGCAAAGAAUUUUGGAAACUUAUAAUGUUGAUCAUACCACAAAUUGAAUUGAUUUUGCGUCUGAUUUAUGCACGAGCGAAUGAUUUUGAUGUGAGCGCCAAGCUGAACGAAUAUUACAUUAUAAUGGAUUCAAUAUUUGAGAGUCAAGUCAAUGAUGCGGAAUCGAGGCGCCAAAACAGCAUUUUAUGUAGUGCUGUAAAGAAUGAGGACAUCCUGAAAUGCGUCUAUGAUUUGUUCAUAGCACCUAAAGGACCUCGUUUAAGAGAUAAAAUUAGUCAUGGUGAGGUUGACAUUGCAGCUAUUAACAAUGUAGAGUUAUGUGAUCUUUUGCUUUUUUUGUCGAUGGGUCUUCUAAGGUAUAAUUUUCCGUUUCCAAAAUAUGAAAGUGUUUUCCAUUUGAACAGCCUAACAAAAAGCGCAUUAUGUACCGCAAAGCAGACACUUGGAAAGCUGGUUGAAAAACAUUUACCUGAAAAAUAUGCAAAUAUGCUGCAGGCAUUAAGCGGGAAUAAGAUGCAUAAUAGUAUACAUAUUUUCAAUCGAUCUACAAAGGAGCCAGAAUUUAUUCUCUUAGUAUUCAAAAAUUCAAAUUUGGUGGAAACAACUUGUGUGAACUACGAACAUUCCAUUGAAACUAGAUUAGAGCUUUUGGCUAAUCGAGAAUUGCAUUCAAAGAGGCGACGAACUCUCGAACGAAUGAUUGCAACGCUUCCUGGUAUCUGCAAAGCUUUGAGUGAGAUUUUAAGCUGUUUGCUGUGCAUAUUUACAAAGCUGCAAAAUGAUGAUUUAAUCUAUGACCAGAAAGAGGCAUGUUCGAGUUUGCUAAGAUUUUUGAAACAUACUCUAAAGCUGAAUGAAAAUUUUGUGAAGUAUUCAGACCUAAGUAGCAACGAAUGGAUAAAAGCAGUCGAGCUGUGCAAAAAAUUUACGGAUGUAAAAUCGCUUCACUAUCCCGAACAAUAUUUCUGAUGUUUUAAAAUUUUUUUCUGUGACGCUAUAAGGCGAGUUUCGUUGAGCACUACAGUCGCGUUUUAGAACCUGAGUCGAGUAGUUGAAUUCUGUUCUGACUUCAAUACAAAUCAAUUGCUGUAUGUGAAAGUUGGGCUUAAAUUAUUAAUAAUAUU